UCUUAUCGUGAGUUAAGUUGAGUCAACUCCGUUAUCCCGUUAAAUAUAAAUAUCCCAAGACUUUUUUUUAUUGUUUAGAUAAAUUAUUAAAAAUUGUGCAAAUAUUAAAUUUAAAAAUGAGAUAAAAAUAUAUUACAAUUAUUAUUAUUGUUAUUAAUUAAAUAAUAUCUAUCUUUUAUCUUAGUUCGUAUUACCGCUAACACUGAGAUUGAAGAAAAAAAAAAUAUAAAACUAUUUUGAGUUGAUUUAUUUAGCGUUGUAUUGGAAUCGAUACUCAAUUGAGUAAAUCGUUUAUUUAAAAUGAAGUUAUUGGCGUCAAUUAUUUGUGCUAUUGUUAUUAUUCCUUCACUUGCUAUUCGAGAGUCUUCAAGACCAAGACAUGAUAGAAUUGUUUCUUGUUACCUGGCGUCUUGGGCGCAGUAUCGUCCUGGUAAAGGUCAAUUUCAAAUAGAUAAUUUACAUCCUGAACAUUGCACUCACAUUAUUUAUUCGUUCGCUGGGUUAAAUGCUACCACUUGGACUAUCAGGAGUUUGGAUCCUUGGGCUGAUUUGGAAGAAAAUUAUGGCAAAGGUUCUUAUAAAAAGAUCACAGACUUACGUCGCACUCAUCAAGGACUAAAGGUAUCAUUGGCCAUCGGUGGAUGGAAUGAAGCCAGUGCAAAUUAUUCAGCUCUCGCUGCUUCGCCCCAACGUCGCAAUGUAUUUGUGACAAGCGUCAUCAAUUUUCUCACAACCUACAAUUUCGAUGGUCUCGAUCUAGACUGGGAAUUUCCCGGGAAACGCGGAGGUUCGCCGUACGAUCGUCAAAAUUUUGUGAGCCUCGUUGAAGAAUUGAGCAAAGAAUUUAAACCCCGUAAUUUAUUACUUACAGCAGCAAUAAGUGCUGAUAAAUCGACAAUCGAUAUUGCUUACAAUGUGCCAGAAAUAUCGAAAUAUUUAGAUUUAAUUCACGUAAUGGCUUACGAUUAUCACGGAGCUUGGGACGGAAAGGUUGGCGCCAACGCGCCUUUGAAAUGUUCAAACAAUGACAGCCUUUGUGUCGAAUCUACUAUCGAUUAUUUAUUGCAAUUAGGUGCACCUGCUGAUAAAUUAGUUUUAGGUCUACCCAUGUACGGGCGCACGUUUGUUACCACGAGUAUUUUGAAUGACACCCAGAGCCCGAUGGGCGCCAUCGCUUUGAAAAAUGGGUUUCAGGGCAACUUUACGCGCGAAGACGGAUUUAUGGGGUACAAUGAAAUAUGUAAGGAGUUAAUUGUCAAUCCGAAGAGCUGGAGAACUGGCUGGGAUCAUGAAACUAAUAGCGCUUUCGCUAUUCAUGAUGAUAAGGUCGUUGUUUAUGAUAAUCCUAAAAGUAUCAUGAAAAAGAUUGAGUACGUCAAGCAAAAGAGCUUAGCCGGCGUGAUGGUAUGGAGUAUUGACACCGACGAUUUCCGUGGUGAGUGCAAGUCAUUGCAUACAGACUUGGACCCAUUGAUCGGAUCAGAAUAUCCACUGAUGCGUGCUAUCAAUAUCGCACUUACCAAGACUCAGACAGACGAUAAUGAAAUACCCGAUAAUGCAAACUCAUCAUCAGCGAUAAUUUAUUAUUCUGGUCUUUCAUUAUUACAAUUAAUAAUCUUUAUAAUUUUAAAAUAACAUAAAUUUAUAAUUGAUUAAUUUGUUUUAUAUUUUAUCAUGUAUUUUAAUAAUAAAAAAAAAAAAA